GGGAAAACCAAAAAUUGCGAAGAAGCCUCCCUAAUACCAAAAUUCCUACUCUUACUUUCCAUGCAACGAUACUCUAAUAUUCUCUGUCGUUUAGUACUUAAAACUAGCCGAUUCACGUGAGCUGCGCCUCUCCAGUGGUCAACGCUGGUCACUAUUGUUGUCGUUCUUGUUCUUCGUGUAAUUGCUUAGAAAAGUGAAUGUGAUUUUCCCUUUUUUCUCUUCUGGUGGAUUAUGCGUAUUUUUUUUGGAUGGGAGAUGCAGAGAGUUGCAGUAGCAGAGCAGUGGAUUUUGUGCCCAGUCAGUGUCGAAACCAGAGGCAAACGUUUGAGGUGUAUAACGAAGUUCUUCGUCGACUCAGGGACUCCAAUGAUGAAGAGGCAAGGCUUCCUGGCUUUGAAGACCGUCUCUGGGCUCAUUUUUGUAGACUUCCUACUAGGUAUGCACUGGAUGUAAAUGCAGAGAGGGCACAAGAUGUUCUCAUGCAUAAGAGAUUACUUCAGCAGGCACAUGAUCCUGCUACUAGGCCUGCAAUUGAAGUCCGCCUUGUGCAGGUUCGUUCUAUCUGUGAUGGAAAUUGUGGCAACUCUGUUCAUUCACACUCUCCAGGAGAAGUGGAACUUCAAUAUUAUGAUCAUAUGUGCAAGCAGAGCAUUCUUCCACCGCCAGCCUUUGGUUCAUUGCCUGAGCUUGAAUUUGUAUGUGAAGCUCGAGAGAAGGAUACCAACUUGAUUACCAAUCCACUUUACUCUAGGCUGAUGCAUGAAAUUACAAUUUCAACUAAUGAUAAACCAAAACUUCUCAGUCAGUUGACUUCCUUGCUGUCUGAGAUUGGUCUGAACAUUAAAGAAGCACAUGCCUUUUCCACAAUGGAUGGCUACUCCUUGGAUGUGUUUGUUGUUGAUAACUGGGAACAUGAGGAGACUGAGAAGCUGAAAAAUGUGCUGCUAAAGGAAAUUAAAAAAUUCGAGAAGUAUACUCGGUUGAAAUCUAAUGCCAUCUAUCCUGUUGUGGAGCGAGAGCAAAAUGGGACGAUCAGUGGUAUCUGUAAUCAUGCCAACAUACCUGCCAACCAAAUGGAUGUUUGGGAAAUUGAUGCAAGUCUGUUGAAAUAUGAAAACAAAAUUGCAUCAGGAUCCUAUGGGGAUCUGUAUAAAGGUACGUUCUGCGGUCAAGAUGUGGCUAUCAAAGUUCUUAGGACUGAACAUCUAAAUGAUAAAUUGCGAAGGGAAUUUGCUCAAGAAGUAUUUAUCAUGAGGAGAGUCCGGCACAAGAAUGUUGUACAAUUUAUUGGUGCAUGUACCAGACCUCCGACCCUGUGUAUUGUGACAGAAUUUAUGUGUGGUGGAAGCAUGUUUGACUUUCUGCAUAAACAAAAGCAAAGUUUUAAUCUCCAGUCCUUGCUCAGAGUAGCAAUUGAUGUUUCCAAGGGAAUGAACUACUUGCACCAAAAUAAUAUAAUACAUAGAGAUCUGAAAGCUGCCAAUCUUUUGAUGGAUGAAAAUAGGGUGGUUAAGGUUGCUGAUUUUGGCGUUGCUAGAGUACAAGAUCAGUCUGGCGUGAUGACAGCAGAAACUGGAACAUAUCGCUGGAUGGCUCCAGAGGUUAUUGAGCAUAAGCCUUAUGAUCAUAAAGUUGAUGUUUUCAGCUUCAGCAUUGUGUUGUGGGAGCUGCUUACAGGAAAGCUUCCAUAUGAGCACUUAACCCCACUACAAGCGGCUGUUGGUGUGGUCCAGCAGGGUUUGAGGCCUUCUAUCCCAAAGCAUACUCAUCCUAAAUUGGUGGAACUGUUUGAGAGAUGCUGGCAGACAGACCCAUCUUUAAGACCUGAUUUCUCUGAAAUUUUAGAACUGCUGCAACAGUUAGCCAGCAAGCUCCGUGAUCUUGUAACAGGUUGCAGAGGAAAGAGUGGAUAGGCAGGAAGAGAAAUUGUCUAGAAGAGAGGUAAAAGCAAUUAGGCAGAGGCAGACAUUGAAAUAACAUGUGAGAGUAUUGUAUAUAUCAUCGAAAAGCUAUCCAUGGGUCAUUGUCUGUCGAUAUGGUCGUUGUGGAAGUCUGUUCUCUAGCCAUACAAAUGUAAAAAAUAUGCACGGGUAUGAUCGUCAGAACAACGCACCUAAUUUAAUGGAAGUAGAAUUGUUAAUAGCACAAUUGUUGACCA